GCGAGCGGGGCUGCUUCCUCCUCCUCCUCCUCCUCCUCUUCGUCCGACCGUAGCAGCCAUCGCGGCAUCCUCGGCAGCAUCCUCGGCGGCGGCGGCGGUUCCAUGGGAGGGAGGCUGCCGGGCAUGAAGCGCUGCCGCUGAGCCGGGGCCGAGGGGGCGAUGCUGCUGGCGCCGGGGCUGCUGUGGCUGGCGCUGGGCCUCCCCUGCUGCCUCCCGGCGGCCCUGGCUCCCCCGGCGCCGGCGGCUUGCUCUCGGGAGGCAGGGGCUCCGCCGCGGUGGCUGUGCCGCUCUCCCUGGCGGGGCCUCUGGGCGCACCUGCUGGGGCCGGGAAGGAGGAGCAGCAGCCCGGGGCUCCUGCUCAGCCGCCUCCUCCUCCUCCUGCCGCCCGGGGACGGGGCUGAGGCCGGUGGACGGUUCCGGAGGGGGCGCCCCCGGGGCUGGUGCCUGGAGCCCCUGGCCCGCCUGCCCCUGCCUUCCUGGGGGGAAGCAGGCUGCCCUCUGCGCUGCCGAGUGCCGGGGGCGCUGGGCAGGGGCCCCUGGGGCCCUGGGGAGGUGGCGCUGCCCCCGGGGCCCCUCUGCCUGAGGGCCGGGCACCCCCUUCGCCUGCGGCUGCUGUGCCAGGGUUGCCAGGGGCAGGAGAGCCUCCUCCGCUGGAGCCUGGGCCUGGCCUCUUCGGCAGAGGAGCUGGAGCGCCAGUGGAGGACGGAGAGCGGCCACGGGCCCCAGGGCCAGGAGGAGGAAGGGCAGCUGAGGAGGAGGAAGAGGAAGCGGAGGAGGAGGAAGCGGAGGAGGAAGAGGAACGUCAACGCCAGCCCUCAGUUCCAGAUGCCCACCUACCAGGCCUCGGUGCCCGAGAACCGUCCGGCGGGGACCCCGGUGGUCCUGCUGAGGGCCGUGGACCCGGACGAGGGGGAGUGGGGCCGCUUGGACUACGCCAUGGACGCCCUCUUCGACAGCCGCUCCAAUGCCUUCUUCGCCAUCGACCCCCGGACCGGGGCCGUGUCGACGGCGGAGGAGCUGGACCGGGAGACCAAGAGCACCCACGUCUUCCGGGUGACGGCCACGGACCACGGCUCCCCGCGGCGCACGGCCAUGGCCACCCUCUCCGUCACGGUGAGCGACGCCAACGACCAUGACCCGGUCUUCGAGCAGCAGGAGUACAAGGAGAGCAUGCGGGAGAACCUGGAGGUCGGCUACGAGGUGCUGACGGUGCGGGCCACAGACGGGGACGCCAGCCCCAACGCCAACAUCCUCUACCACAUCCUGAAUGGCAACGGGGCCAACAAGAUCUUCGAGAUCGACCCAAAGUCCGGCGUCAUCCGCACCAAUGGCCUGGUGGACCGGGAAGCCGUGGAGUCCUACCAGCUGAUAGUGGAAGCCAAUGACCAAGGCAAAGACCCCGGCCCACGCAGCACCACGGCCACCAUCCACAUCGCCGUGGAGGACGACAACGACAACUCGCCCCAGUUCAGCGAGAAACGCUACGUGGUGCAGGUCCCUGAGAAUGUGGCUUCCAACACCCACAUCCUAAGGGUCAACGCGACAGACCGGGACAAAGGCAGCAAUGCCCUGGUGCAUUACAGCAUCAUGAGCGGCAACACCCGGGGGCAGUUCUACAUUGAUGCCCAGACGGGCAACAUUGAUGUGGUCAGCCAGCUUGACUAUGAGAUGAAUAAGGAGUACACCCUGCGCAUUCGGGCCCAGGAUGGAGGAAGGCCCCCUCUUUCUAACAUCAGUGGGCUGGUGACCAUCCAGGUCCUGGAUGUAAACGACAACGCCCCCAUCUUUGUCAGCACCCCAUUCCAGUCCACGGUGCUGGAGAACGUGCCGGUGGGCUACUCUGUCAUCCACAUCCAAGCCAUCGAUGCAGAUUCUGGGGAGAAUGCUCGGCUGGAGUAUGCCCUGGUUGACAUUAGCCCCGAUUUCCCAUUUUCUGUCAAUAACAACACUGGCUGGAUUGUGGUGGCUUUUGAGUUGGACCGAGAGACUGUGGACUUCUACAAUUUUGGAGUAGAGGCCCGAGACCAUGGAAGCCCCCCCAUGACCUCUUCAGCCAGUGUCAGCAUUACCAUUCUGGAUGUCAACGACAACAAUCCUGAGUUCACUCAAAAGGAAUACACCAUGCGCCUCAACGAAGAUGCUGCUGUGGGCACCAGCGUCCUUACGGUUUCCGCUAUCGAUCGGGACGUCAACAGUGUCAUCACCUACCAGAUCACCAAUGGGAAUACCCGCAAUCGCUUUUCAAUAACCAGCCAGAGCGGUGGUGGUCUUAUUACCCUGGCCCUACCCUUGGAUUACAAAUUAGAGCGCCAGUAUCUCCUUACGAUUACAGCUUCAGAUGGCACUCGGCUUGACACAGCCCAGGUGUUUGUUAAUGUGACCGAUGCCAACACACAUCGGCCGGUGUUCCAGAGCUCCCAUUACACUGUUAAUAUCAAUGAGGACAGGCCAGUGGGUACCACAGUAGUGAUCAUCAGUGCUACCGAUGAGGAUACGGGGGAGAAUGCCCGUAUCACUUACUUCAUGGAGGACAGUAUUCCUCAGUUUAAGAUUGAUAUGGACACUGGUGCUGUUACCACCCAGAUGGAACUGGACUAUGAGGAUCAGGUGUCUUACACAUUGGCAAUUACUGCCCGGGACAACGGUAUCCCACAGAAAUCAGACACCACCUACUUGGAAAUACUAGUCAAUGAUGUAAAUGACAAUGCACCUCAGUUCUUAAGAGAUAACUACCAAGGCUCUGUAUAUGAGGAUGUCCCAGCCUUCACUAGUGUCCUGCAGGUUUCUGCCACAGAUAGAGACUCUGGGCUGAAUGGAAGGGUGUUCUACACCUUUCAGGGUGGGGAUGAUGGUGAUGGAGACUUCAUAAUUGAAUCCACCUCAGGCAUUGUUAGGACUUUGCGUAGGCUGGACAGGGAGAAUGUCCCAUUGUAUGAACUUAGGGCAUAUGCAGUUGAUAAGGGUGUGCCAGCCAUGAGGACACCUAUUGAUGUCCAUAUCACUGUUCUUGAUGUCAAUGAUAACCCCCCAGUCUUUGAACGGGAUGAGUUUGAUAUCUUUGUUGAGGAGAAUAGCCCCAUUGGUUUAGUGGUGGCCCGGAUCACUGCCAGCGACCCAGAUGAAGGCACCAAUGCUCAGAUCAUGUACCAGAUAGUGGAAGGUAACAUCCCUGAGGUCUUCCAACUUGAUAUCUUCUCAGGAGAACUGACAGCAUUGAUGGAUUUGGAUUAUGAGGCAAAGUCUGAAUAUGUCAUUGUGGUUCAAGCAACUUCAGCUCCAUUGGUAAGCCGGGCUACAGUGCAUGUCCGUUUGCGGGAUAAGAAUGACAACAUUCCUAUCUUGAAGAACUUUGAGAUCAUCUUCAACAACUACAUCACCAAUAGGUCCAGUAGUUUCCCCACUGGUGUGAUUGGUAGGAUCCCGGCUUAUGACCCUGAUGUUUCUGAUACUCUUACCUAUAGUUUUGAGCAAGGCAACGACCUAAAGCUGGUGCUUCUGAACCACAGCACUGGAGAGCUACACCUGAGCAGGGCCUUGGAUAACAACAGGCCUUUGGAGGCAAUCAUGAGAGUUUCUGUGUCAGAUGGAAUCCAUAGUGUGGCUGCUCAAUGCACACUCCAGGUGACCGUCAUCACGGAUGAGAUGCUGACUAACAGUAUCACCCUGCGUCUGGAGAACAUGUCUCAGGAGCGUUUCCUUUCACCACUGCUGGCCCUCUUCCUUGAAGGGGUGGCAAUGGUUCUGUCUGCUCCCCGUGACCACGUUGUCCUUUUUAACAUCCAGAAUGACACGGAUGUGCAGGCUGCUCAGAUCCUCAACGUCAGCUUGUCAGUAUUGUUGCCAGAUGGGGUCCAUGGGGGACGCUAUAUUCCUUCAGAGGACCUGCAGGAGCGGCUGUACCUCAAUCGCACACUUUUGGCUGCCAUUUCAGAGCAAAGAGUUCUGCCCUUUGACGACAACAUUUGCUUGCGGGAGCCCUGUGAGAAUUACAUGCGCUGUGUUUCAGUGCUGAAGUUUGACAGCUCGGCGCCCUUCAUUGCCUCUGACACCAUUCUUUUCCGUCCUAUCCACCCUGUCAAUGGUCUGCGUUGCCGUUGCCCACUUGGCUUCACUGGAGACUACUGUGAAACUGAGAUUGACCUCUGUUAUUCUAACCCCUGUGGCAACAAUGGACACUGCCGAAGCCGUGAAGGAGGAUAUACCUGCGAGUGUCAAGAGGGCUACACUGGGGAGAACUGUGAAGUGAACUCUCGCUUGGGACGCUGCACACCAGGAGUCUGCAAGAAUGGCGGAACAUGUGUCAACCUUCUGGUGGGUGGAUUCAAGUGUGAUUGCUUGUCUGGAGAUUAUGAGAAGCCCUACUGUCAGAUGAGUACCCGCAGCUUCCCAGCCCACUCCUUCCUCACCUUUAAAGGGUUGCGCCAGCGCUUCCAUUUCACCAUUACCCUCACGUUUGCCACAAAAGAACGGGAGGGGCUUCUUCUCUACAAUGGGCGCUUCAAUGAGCGGCAUGAUUUUGUGGCACUGGAAAUUGUGCAGGAGCAAGUUCAGCUUACUUUCUCAGCAGGUGAGUCUACGAGUACAGUAUCCCCAUUCAUCCCAGGAGGUGUGAGCGAUGGUCAGUGGCAUACUGUCCACCUGCAUUAUUAUAACAAGCCUGUCAUGGGGAUGUCUGGAGUUCCACAGGGGCCUUCUGAUCAUAAAGUAGCUGUUGUGACAGUGGAUGACUGUGACACAUCAGUGGCCUUGAAGUUCGGUUCUCUCCUAGGAAACUAUUCUUGUUCAGCUCAAGGAAUGCAGUCGGGCACCAAGAAGUCAUUGGAUCUGACUGGUCCACUGUUAUUAGGUGGUGUUCCUGACCUCCCUGAGAACUUCCCGGUGAGAAACAGGCAUUUUGUAGGCUGUAUGCGGGACUUCCUGAUUGACAAUCGAGAGGUGGACAUGGCCGAUUUCAUUGCCAACAAUGGGACUGUGCCUGGCUGUUCAGCGAAGAAGAAUGUUUGUGACAGCAACACAUGCCAUAACGGUGGCACAUGCGUCAACCAAUGGAACACCUUCAGCUGUGAAUGUCCCCUGGGAUAUGGAGGCAAGGACUGCAAGCAAGAAAUGGCAAGUCCCCAACGUUUUCUGGGCAACAGCAUGGUAACCUGGAGUAACUUGGCAUUGGUCAUUACACUUCCAUGGCACAUUGGGCUUAUGUUCCGUACGAGGCAGAACAAUGGCAACCUCCUGCAUGCGGCAGUUGGUCAGCAUUCUGCCAUCACCCUUGGGUUAAGUGAAGGGCAUGUGGUGAUGACUCUGUACCGUGCCAACAGCCAAGUCUCAGCACUCCGGCUUCAUCAGGUGAAGGCAAAUGAUGGUGACUGGCACCACUUGCAGUUGGAACUGCACAGCAGCAAGGAACACCCAGAAGCUCACUGCCUAGCCAUAAUGGCUUUUGACUAUGGUCUCCAUCAGGUGGUGGUCAAUAUCAGCAGUGACUUGCAUGGCCUGAAAGUGCGGAACUUAAGCAUUGGUGCUGUUCUAGGAGAACAGGGUGAGCUACAGCAAGGCUUCCGGGGCUGUAUGCAGGGUGUAAGGAUGGGUGAGACGUCAGCCAGUGCUGUGGCUCUGAAUGUAAACCAGGCUGAGAAGGUGAAUGUGGAAGAUGGCUGCAGUAUCCCAGACCCUUGUGACUCCAAUCCGUGCCCUGUCAACAGUUACUGCAAUGAUGAUUGGGAUAGCUACUCCUGCAGUUGUGACCCAGGCUAUUAUGGAGACAAUUGUGCCAAUGUGUGCUCCCUUAACCCUUGUGAACAUCAAGCUGUGUGUGCCCGCAAGCCCAGCUCAUCUCAUGGUUACACCUGCGAGUGUCCUGACAACUAUUUUGGGCCCUAUUGCGAGAACAAACUUGCUCAGCCCUGCCCACGGGGAUGGUGGGGACACCCUAUUUGUGGACCCUGCAAUUGCGAUGUCAGUAAAGGUUUUGAUCCUGACUGCAACAAAACAAAUGGAGAAUGUCGCUGCAAGGAAAAUCACUAUCGACCGUUGGGCAGUGCCAUGUGUUUGCUCUGUGACUGUUAUCCCACAGGCUCAUUGUCUCGCACCUGUGAACCUGAGACUGGGCAGUGUUCCUGCAAGCCUGGUGUCAUUGGACGCCGCUGUGAUCGCUGCGACAACCCUUUUGCUGAAGUCACCAUCAAUGGCUGUGAAGUGAAUUAUGAUAGCUGUCCACGCGCCAUUGAAGCUAACAUUUGGUGGCCACGUACCCGCUUUGGUUUGCCUGCAGCUGCUUCUUGUCCAAGAGGAUCUGUUGGGACUGCUGUACGGCACUGUGAUGAACACAAGGGCUGGAUGUCACCCAACCUUUUCAACUGCACCUCUCUGACUUUUGCUCCUCUCAAGGGUUUUGCAGAGAAGCUGUUGCGGAAUGAAUCAAUUUUGGAUACAGAACAGUCUCAGCAAGUGGCUCUCCAGCUUCGCAAUGCUACACAGAACACAGCCAAAUUCUUUGGUAGUGACAUCAAGGUGGCUUAUCAUCUCUCAUCCCAGCUCCUCAAACAUGAGAGCACUCAAGAAGGUUUUGGCUUGGCAGCUACACAGGAUGUGCACUUCACUGAGAAUUUACUCAAAGUAGGCAGUGCCCUUCUAGACAACAGCAACAAGCGUCACUGGGAACUAAUUCAGCAGUCAGAGGGUGGCACGGCACAGCUGCUAAAGCACUUUGAGGACUAUGCCAGCACUUUGGCCCAGAACAUGCGCAAGACAUACUUGAAUCCCUUCACCAUCAUCACACCCAACAUUGUCAUUUCUGUAGUGAGACUGGAGAAGAUGAACUUUGCUGGUGCAAAACUGCCUCACUAUGAAGCAUUUAGGGGUGAGAAGCCUGCAGACCUGGAAACUACUGUCAUCCUGCCUGAAAGCGUUUUCAAGGCUCCAGAAGGCAAACAACCUUCUGUGCCCAAUGCAAGGCAUCUUCCUGGUACUAGUGAGGAAGAAGAACCUGCCCUGAUGACAAGACAGAAAAGGCACCCAGAUCUGAGUGAGGGGCAGGCCAUUGCCAGUGUGAUCAUCUACCGCACUCUGGCAGGUCUGCUUCCAGAACAGUAUGACACAGAUAAACGAAGCCUGAGAGUCCCCAAGCGUCCCAUCAUCAACACCCCAGUAGUGAGCAUCAACAUUCAUGACAACGAUGCAUUGAUGCAACGGGCCCUUGAGAAACCCAUUACGGUGCAGUUUCGGCUGCUAGAAACUGAAGAGCGUACUAAGCCUAUCUGUGUUUUCUGGAACCACUCCAUUCUGCUAAGUGGGACUGGUGGUUGGUCAGCUAAAGGCUGUGAAGUUAUCUUCAGGAAUGAGACCCAUGUUAGCUGCCAGUGUAACCACAUGACCAGUUUUGCUGUGCUGAUGGACAUUUCUCGCAGAGAGAAUGGUGAGAUCUUGCCCUUGAAGACCAUCACAUAUGCCUCCAUCGCUGUGACCUUGGGUAGCCUUCUACUCACUUUCCUCUUCCUGGCUGGACUAAGAGCUCUACGAUCUAACCAGCAAAGCAUUCGCAAGAAUCUAGUGGUUUCACUGUUUCUCUCUGAACUCAUCUUCCUGCUAGGCAUCAAUCAAGCUGACCUUCCAUUUGUCUGUACUGUGAUUGCCAUCUUGCUGCAUUUUCUGUAUAUGUGCACUUUUGCCUGGGCACUGCUAGAAGCACUGCACAUCUACCGUAUGCUGAGUGAGGUGCGCGACAUCAACUAUGGCCCCAUGCGCUUCUACUACAUGGUUGGCUGGGGCGUGCCAGCAUUCAUCACAGGACUAGCUGUAGGCCUGGACCCAGAAGGCUAUGGGAACCCAGACUUCUGUUGGCUGUCCAUCUAUGAUACACUGAUUUGGAGCUUCGCUGGACCCAUUGCUUUUGCUGUUGCAAUGAGUGUCUUCCUUUAUGUCCUUGCCACCAAGGCCACUUGUGCUGCCCAGCAACAGGGGUUUGAGAAGAAAGGGACAGUUUCUGGCCUCCGCUCAGGCUUUGUCUCCCUGCUGCUGAUCAGUAUCACCUGGUUGCUGGCCCUACUGUCCGUCAACAGUGAUGCCAUCCUCUUCCACUACCUCUUUGCUGGCUUCAACUGUCUCCAGGGUCCUUUAAUCUUCCUCCUCUGUGUCAUCCUAUGCAAAGAAGUUAGGAAAGCUCUCAAAUCCAGUUGUGGCAAGAAGCAUGGCACAGACCCCACACUCACUACCAAAUCUACCUUGACAGCAGCUUAUAACUGCAACAACACCUAUGUGGAUGGGCAGCUCUACCACACACCCUUUGGGGACUCCACUGGCUCUUUACACAGUACCAUCCGCUCUGGCAAGAGUCAACACAGCUACAUCCCUUUUGUGCUCAGGGAAGAGUCUGGUCUAAGCAACAGCCAGGUGCACCUUGGGCCUGCAGAUCCCAGCUCACUUUUCCUGGAAGCCAAGGAUCAAAACAAUGAACGUGACACUGACUCAGAUAGUGACCUCUCCCUGGAAGAUGACCAGAGUGGAUCCUAUGCCUCCACCCACUCCUCAGAUAGUGAAGAAGAUGAAGAAUUUGCCAGAGAACCCUGCUGGGAGAACUUACUGUGCCCAAACAAUGAAAAGCUGCCAGCACACAGCACUCCAAAGGUGGAAAACCUCUCUGGUCCUGGCAAACCUUAUUGGCCAGGUGACUUUAUGACCACUGCAAGCGAGAGUGAUGGGCAUGCUGGCUCGGAGAAGUUACGUGUGGAGCCAGUUGGCAAGAUCGAUCGGCUGGGACCACCAGAAGAGAUACCUAGGGAGAAUGGGGAAACACAGAUCAGGGAGGGCGUCUUGGGCUCACUGCCUCACCCUACUGCCCAGCCCCAGAAAAGCAUCCUGAAGAAGAAGUGCUUACCCCCAAUAAGUGAGAAGAACAGCAUCCAGCGCAUCCACAACAAGCUCUCCAGCUGCCGCUCAGGGAUGGUAUCAUCCCACGGCUCUUCAGGCAGUGAUGGCAGCCGUGGGGGUGGGGCACCCCGGCCCCGCCAGACGCUACAGGAGCAGCUCAAUGGCUUGACGCCCAUCACUAUGAGCAUAAAGACUGGCACAGUGGAUGAGGACUCUUCAGGCUCUGAAUUUCUGUUUUUUAAUUUCCUCCAUUAACACGUGAGCCCCAGGGGCGUGCUUUGCUCAAACCUGCUCAUGACCAUGCUCAUGUGUUUGUUUCCCUCGUCCCGUCUCGCUUUGUGUUUUAUCACUGAGCAGGAGCGAUGAAACCUCAAUCUGACGCCACACGCACCAGACUCUUUUACUCUUGUGCUUUGGCCAGUCCGGGAGCCCAGGAUAGCUCUCAAACCGCAGCGAGGAAUGUUGUCUCCUUCAGCACAGCACAGCACAGGGAGCUGGAUCCACCAUAUGUAGUGCCAAAUGAAAACUGACCUGCUGUCACCCCUGCACCAAGGGAAUGGCAGGUCCCAGGAGGCGGACCUACUUGAACAGAUGCACUUUGGAUCAUUGUCAAAUGGACAGAAGCAGAAACACAAACUUGACCACCUCCAAGUCUUCAGGGAUUUUCUUGCUUUGUUGCCCAGUCUGGAACUACUGAAUGGCUGGAAUAUAUAUUUUUUGUUCUUCUGUAUCAAACUUGGGCUGGGGGAGCCACAGCAGCAACCAUGUGCCGGGGCCUCUGGAUAUGCAUUACAGUGCAGGUGUUUGCAUAUUUGACAAUGGGGCUGAGCUUGGAGGGGGUCAAUGUAUAUGGAGAUGGGCUGCCAUUAGGAGGGGGGGACACUGAGAAAUGUAGAUGCUAGGAUAAGGAGACAAAUCUGGAACGGGGCAGUUUCUGAAUGAUAUUAUUCUGGCAUCCUCCUACAAGCAGAGGAUUGCGAUUUUGAAUUACAGCUGGAGGUGCCAUGGGUAUGCAAGAGAGCUGCGUGAGAUCUGUGCUAAGCUCUGCUUAGGCAGGCCCACUUUGCCUCCCCUUUGUGUAUACUUGCCUAGGAGAUAGCUUUUGCUUCCCUCUGCAAUGUGUAUGUAUCAUAAGUGUGCUUUUCUCAGAUCCAUAAGCAUGGGCUUAAACACAUCUCCCAAAUCAGGCAUGCUUAAACCCUGUGCAGGCCAAUCUCUAGUGGUUUGGCACAUAGGAAAGAUAGCAACACAAAAUCUUGGCUUUGCCAUUACAAGAAAACAUAGAAUGGAGAAGGAAAUUAUCAUCCAAACAACUUUUCCUGGAGUCUGUGUAUGUAUUUUGUUGGCUGUUGCAUAGCAGGGGCCAGUAUCACUUAUGUUCUCUUUCUUAAUUUUAGUGUUUAAAGAAAUGAUAGGAUUAUUACAGAUACCCAGAGCCAUUUCCCCAGGAUGUCAGUCACCAUCGUACUACCUACGUCCAUGGACUGUACAGAUGUGAGCCAGCUGUGGAUCGUGUCCUUUUUCUAGCAAGUUGCUUACUCCACCCUCACUGCUUCAGUUUUCCCAGUGGAACCAGGGGUGUAGGACCCAAUCUAGGCCACUGGCAUCCAAGGGAAAUGCUUCUUCUCAGUCCACGAUAAAUGACCAACUGCUCAGUUGUGACCACCACCUCUCCAAGUUCAGCCUGCUGAUUCAGUGACUUGGCCCCACUGGGAUUGUGCCAAGAGGUAGCCCGUAGGUGUUGAGCACUGUAGGUGUGGCCUGCUGAGCUAUCAGUCCAUGCUGCAGUUAUUUUCAUAGAAAAUGACAAAAAGAAAGAAGUCCCACCUCCCGCUCCUCACAGCCAGUCAGCACCUGGUCCAUGUGCCACUGGCCUGGAAUAAGGAUGCUGCAUUGAUGUCUCCCAAUAGCGCCUGGCUUUCAUGCCAAUAGGGCGCUGCCUUUCUGCCUCAGAAGCCUUCAUUUUUCUACACUCAGCCAAGCCUGAUGCCUGCUCAUAUUGGGGAUUUUCAUGCUGGGUCCUUUUGGAAAGUACUUUUUUAUAAUGUUCCUUGGGAAAGAGAUCUUCUUUUCUUUUCUUUUUUCUGAUAAGGGAGCACGGGAAUAGGGUGGGCGGCUUGGGGAGGGGUGAAGGCACUGUUUAUUUUGAAAUGGUUGUUUUUUAAAAAAAAAAACUUGACCACUGCUGAAGGAUAUUCUAAUUUAAUGAGAUGAAAAUCCCCUCCGGGUUACAUCUUUAGCUUUGUAGCAAUGUUAAAGUCUCAUUAGCUGAGGCGCAAAUGGAAUGCGCUUUGCUGACUUAGUCAAGGUUUGCACAAUGAGGAGUAAAAUUGGGACUUGACUAUGGUCGUUGCCUCUGGAAAUCUUGGGCAUUGCCAUCCAGCCUUUGAUGGUAUCUGUCCUUGCCAGUUCCCUAACCCCUUUCUUGAAAUGUUUUAACAUAAUAGGGUGUGAUUCUUUUAAACCUGUAUAAUGUCAGCCUGGCACUUUAAUAGCGUCUAUUAAUAGCAUCUAUUUGCCACCUUAAAUGCUUAAGCAGACAGCAACAAAUCAGCUCCAGCUUCUUAAAAGCAAGGACUGGUCCAAUAUAGUUUUGCUUUCACUGCGCCUAGUGUUCCAGUGUGAGCUACUCAGUUGUAUCCCCAUUAAGUGAAAGGAGAAAAUGGGAUUCCUCCUCUCCUACCAUAUAUUGGAUCAUUUCCCACUGGGAAGUGUUUAGUGUCCUAAUGCCCCACAUCGAUCACUCAUCAAGAUCUUGUUAGUGUGCUGGUAAAGCAUAAAACUUGCAUAGCUUACAAGAACUGUACAUUUUCCUUGUGGUGUAAGGAAAACCCAUUAGCUCUCAGGUGUACCUCUGCAACCACUCAAAGACAGAACCUACUGUACCAUCUAGUCUGUUUUGUACAGCUGGGGGAAAGGAGCUGCUUUUGUCCUCUCAGACCACCAGUUCACUGACUGGAAGUCCAGGAAGGUGAAGGCUGCUUCUAGCUGUGCACUGCAAGCUUGAAUGGUGGCUGGGCACAGACCUGUGGGGAAUGGAGCUGCUAUCUGCUUCCUUCCAGAUGUCAUUAUAGAGCCAGGAAAAACCACCGUACAAAGAGGUACUGGGUAUUUUCUUGUGCAAUGUCUUCUAAAGUACUUAAGCUGGUAGCCCCUGGUUAGGCCAGUGUAAGUAAACAAGAGGAUCCCAACCAAUGUUUGCUGUUUGUCCCCAAUACAAAGUGGAUCAGGGACGUAGCCAGGGGGGAGUCCUUGGGGUCCGGACCCUCCCUUCCAUUAGAAAAAUGAAUGGUGCAAGCUGCUGUGUCGCCGUGCCCAAGCCCCAUUAUAAUGGUGGCACUUAGUCUGGACCCCCCCCUUCCUAAAAUCCUGGCUACAUCCCUGAGUGGAUACAUUUCUGAAAACAGUUACUGACUUUUCUCCCUUGCCCCACAACUCCCACGAUACAUUUACUGUACUACAGUUACUCUAGUGCUAAACAGGAGAUAAAGUAAACUGUGGACUUUUCUCCAUGGGAAGUCUUCUGCAUGACCCAUAGGUUAGUGCAAAGAAGCAUGUAAUGCUUUUAACUAGAAAAUGGGCCCCUCCCUUUGCCCCUAUCUAGCAAAUCAAAACAUCUAGAAAAUAAAACCACCCACUCUGAUCACUUUAGAACACAUGGAAAAUACAGCCAGUAGAGAAAUUAACAAGCUGAGGUAAACAGAGAAGCUUCCCUUCUCAAGUUUUGCAUUAUCACUUCUUACCAGAGGAGCAAAUAAGCUCUCCCCCCCCAAAAAAAGUGUCAGCAGAAGCCCACAAAUCCUGCAGCACUGAAUAAGUUUUUUAAAAAGGGAGGAUCAGAGGCUGCUGAACAAAGUCUUCCAUAAGCCCCUCCCUAGACAGACUGAAUUCCUGUUUUUCUCCAGCUAGCAUUUGCUGAAUAGUUUCUUUGCCAGGGUUCCAUUGUCAGCUAUGCAGCAGGUGAAACUUUUCCUAUCACUGGGGAAGACUUUUGUCUGCUCCAUUUUUGCUUUCAUAAAAAUAUUUAAAGUAUGAAAAAGUUGGCAAACUUUCCCUGCCCCAAUCCUUGCUGUACCUCUAAUUCUAAGGCUUUAGACUGCAACUCAAGUGCACACAAUAGCCUACAAUAACUUCCUAUGCAAGAGCUUUUCUCAUAUACAGAAACUAUUAACUGAAACAAACUGGAAAGCAGUAGUGAUUCAGAAUCAGCUCUCUGAAGCAGCUGUAACUUCCAGGAAGGAAAAACAACAACAACCUGUCUUCAGAAGAUUUUGUCCUCAAAGGAGGACAGAAUUGGAGAGGGUGAGAGUGCCCUUCCAUAAGUAUAAAUCAUCAGGAUGGUGUUAAACCUCAAGAUACCACAGGAUCAGGGAGGGAUGAACUCCUCUAGGAACUCCAUACCAGAGCUUGGCUUCUGCUCCACCCACUGCAACCAGUUUAUUGUUUUGAGUCCAUCUGCUGUCCAUAAAGAGCCAGUUAGCUGUUUCACCAGUGGUGAUGAUGUAUUUGGCAUGUCUGCAUUUUAAUUUAUUUUUAAUGUUUUUUUUUAAGUGUGUAUACAUAUAUUUAGUGGAGACUGUUUGUCCAAAGCUGUGCCAUCUUAGGGGAGGGGCUGGAACAAACCAGAGUCAAGGGAAAAAUCACCACCACCCAAGUCAGAUCCUGAAGUAAUUCGAGUGGCCUUCCUAAAGCCAGCACACUUGAGGGAUGUUGGAUUACAGCCAUCAGUCAGAGAUAAUGAGAGUUAUAGUCCAGCUGAUCUGGAAGAUACUAGGCUGGUGAUGAUGUAUUUAGAUGGAAUUUAAGCAGGAACAUGUGGAAAUAUAUGGGAACGAUCUGUAUUAUCUCUCAGUCUUCUAAAGCUGCCUGUUGCUUUGGCUGGGAAACAUAUAUCCUACCAACUGGAGUAGGAGUGUAAAAAAACAACAAACAUUUGGCUCCUAUAUCACUAAAUAAUACAUGGAAAAGGCAUCUGAAUAAACUGACACAUGCCCUGAAGGAGUAGUUAUGGUAGAUGCAGAAUUUAUCUGAACAGUAAACACCUGCCAACAUUGUCAAACGUGGACAUGUUAUUAUAGGCUCAGACCCCCUCUCUGUGAAUGUUUGUGUGGACUCAUCUCUAAAAUACGUAAGGGGUUAGUUUACAGCAGAGCUUAGCCACAACCAGGUAAGAUUGUCCCUUCUUUUGCUAGAUGGGUGUCAGCAUCACACAGCAGAGAAAUUCAAAAGGUAAAGAUCCCAACGCCACUCCAGCACUGAAUUUCCAGGAGAAGAUGCAUUUUUUGAAUUUCUACCUGAGGUCUGUUGAAAAUGCUGGAAACUUACUAGGGAAAGCACUUCUGAUUUUUCCUUGAGAAGCCAUUUUGGCAAGGAGCCGAGGUAAAGAGGAUAGGGAAAGAGACCUGGUGUAAAGUAAUCCUUGGGAGCGACAAAAUGUUUUGUUAACCACGGAUGUGAUGCUGGCUUUUCCCUUGGUACAAACUGUUGAAGUGUACAGGUAGGGUUGUUAAUGUAAAUACUAUAGGGUUCACCCCCUCUCCUAAAUAAUAAAACCAUAGUUCUGUG